AUGGAAAAAUAUUUUAUGAAAAAAAUAAAAGGAGUAUUUUCCACUUUUAAAAAGGAUAACCCGAACAUUAAUAAUAAUAACAAUCAUAAUAAUACCAAUAAUAAUAAUAACAAUCAUAAUAAAAGCAACAAUAAUAAUAGUACUAAUAGUAAUCGUAAUGAUGAUGAUAAUAUUAACCGACAAUCUACCCAGGAAAACAAUUCCACCGUGGGAAACAAAAGAAUCGUUGGAAUGACGAAUGAUACAUAUAAACAAGAAAAAGAUUUGAACUAUUUCUUUUCUGAGAAUAAAGAAAGAAAAGAAGAAUCAAACAGUAAUCACAAAAAGAAAAACCUUAAAAACAAAGGACAGAAGAAAUUGGAUAGUAAUGAGAAGGAUAUGCCAGAGUUUAGUAAAAAAAUGAAAUAUACCAAAUUAUAUCAAAAAGAAAAUAUGUUGUCAAUAGAUAAUUAUAUAAAAAUAAAUAAGAAACAUAGUUUACAUUUUGUAAAAAGAAAAUAUACAAAAAGAAAACUUAUGGCUUCCAAUAUACAAAAUAUAUGUAAUUUUAUAACAGACAAAAAUAAAAAUGAGAAUAGUAGAACUAAGAAAGUUGAAAGUUUAGAUGAUUAUAAGGAAGAAAAUAAAAACACACCUAACAAGGUGGAUGAAGAAAAAAAAAUGAAUUUGCAAUAUGAACAAGAACAUAAUAAUACAAAUGUAGCACAAGAAACAAAAGGAGGGAAAAAAAAAAAGAAAAAAAAUGUAGAUAGGAAUCAAAAUAAUUUGAAGGAAGAUAAUUUAAAUAAUGAUUUAUUGAAUGAGGAUAUUCUCACAAAGGGACAAUAUGAUCAUGAUAAUAAUAAUAAGAAGAAUAAUAGUAGUAAUAGUAGCAACAAUAAUAAUAAUAAUAGUAAUAAUAGUAUGAAUGAAUAUAAUAUACUUGAUGAUUCUUCCAAUAUUCAAUUUCAUAAAAAAGAAACACCAUCUAAAAACCAAGGAAAAAACAAAUAUAUAUUCAAAAACGUAGAAAGGAAAAAUACUGCAGUAUAUGAUAAAAACAAAAACACAUCUUUAAAUAAUUAUGGACAGCAACAAAAAAAAAUCAACCGUAUUGAUGAAAUUUUUAAAAACUUAAUAGAGAAAAGGAAAAAAAAAGAAAUGAGACAAAAAUACAUGCUCAAAAAAAAAUUUCUAAUGAAUAAUUAUAAAGGAAAAACGAAUGAAAAUUAUGAACAUGAACAAAGGGAAGGAGAAAAGGAAGAAAAACAAAAGGAAAAUGAUACUUAUGGUGAUUUUGAAGAGUUAGAUGAAGAGAUAGAAAAAGAUGGCGAAGAAAAAGAAGAAGAGGAAGAUGAUAAAAAUGAAGAAGUAGAAGAACAAAAUGAAGAAGUAGUAGAAAAAAAGGAAAAUGUAGAGAAACAAAAGAAUCAUCAAAAUAACAAAACAUCAAAUAAUAUUUAUGACAACAAAUCAUAUGAUCAUCAUGGAAGAAAUACACACUUAUUGAAAAAAGAAAAAAAACAACGAACAAAACAAAUUAGUAAUAAAAAUGUUCCUAUGAUUGAUGAAAGCACUAUAGAAAAAUGUUACAAACAAAUGAGAAUUUUUGCCGAGAAAUUUAGUUCUUUCAAAAAUAAAUUUGACCAAUAUUAUAAUACCAGUGAACAUUGGAAUUUAAAGAAAAAAGGGAAAAAAAGAAAAAAUUCAGUAAACACUAGUGAUAAAGAAAAUAUGGAAAAUUAUUUCUUUGAUGAAGAUUCUAUGAAAAAAGAAACAAACGAACUAGAAGAAUUAAACAAAAAUAUACAGAAACUUUUAAAUGCAAAUAUGUCUAAUGAUAUAAAUGUAGAUAAAAUAAACGAAAUUAAAAAAUAUACACAAGAUAACCAUAAUAAAAGCCUUAUGAAAAAUAUAAAUAUUUCAGAAAGCAUCUAUUUUGAUUGUGAAAAUACAAGUGCUAAAAAAAGAAAAUGUUCUGAUAAUGCUAGUGUAAGUACAAAUGAAGAAAAUUUAAAUAAACUUCUUGAGUAUGCUACAAAUAAAAAAAAUAACAUGAUCAAUUCUGAAGAUGAUAUAAAAACUGAUCAGGAAUAUGAGCGAGACAAGAGGAAGAAAAAUAAAAGAAAAAAGAAUAUAUAUGAUGAUUUGCAAAAAUCAAAUGAAAACAACUCAGAGGAGGUUAUUCAUUUGUUAAGAGAAAAUGAAGAAGAGGAAAAAGAAGAAAAUAAACAAACUAAUAUGGAAAAACGAAAGAAAGGCAGAAAAAAAAAGAAAACUGAAGAUAUACAAUCUGAUAAGGUUAAAAUAGAAAAUGUACAAUCUGAUAAGGUUAAAAUAGAAAAUGUACAAUCUGAUAAGGUUAAAGUAGAAAAUGUACAAAUGGAAAAUGUACAAAUUGAAAAUGUACAAACUGAAAAUGUACAAAUGGAAAAUGUACAAAUGGAAAAUGUACAAAUGGAAAAUGUACAAAUGGAAAAUGUACAUACUGAAAAAGCACAAAAUGAAAAUAUCCAAAUUGAAAAUGUACAUACUGAAAAGGCACAAAAUGAAAAAAUCCAAACUCAAAAUAUCCAAACUGACAAUGUAAAAACUCAAAAUGCCCAACCUGACAAUGUACAAACUCAAAAUGCCCAACCUGACAAUGUACAAACUCAAAAUGCCCAACCUGACAAUGUACAAACUCAAAAUGCCCAACCUGACAAUGUACAAACUCAAAAUGCCCAACCUGACAAUACUCAAUAUAAAAAUGAACCAUUUAAAAUUGAGGCUAUUGAAAAUGUUCUAGAAGAAAAAGAAAACUUAAGUGAUAAACAUUUGGAGAAUCAAGUAGAAGUGGCUAAUGUUUCGAAUGAAGUUUUUGAAACAGAAAUGAAAAAUUUCAACAACUCAAAUGGUAAUAUGGAUAAAGAUAUAAAUAUAAUCGAUAUUCCACACGAAGAUUUAAAUAAAUAUAUAAAAGAUGAACUAAAUAACAAUGACAAUAACAAUAAUCUGUUAAAUAUCCAAAAUGUUGAAAUCAUGGAAUAUGCUGAAAGCAUAAAAAGUGAUAACAUAAUUAAUGAUACUAAAGAGGAUGCUCUACCCAGAAACGAAACCCUCAAUUUUCUCAAACAAGAAUAUGUAUCAAGUAAAGAACAAGAAGAAAAAAAAGACGAAGAAAAAAAUAUUUUAAAUGAACAAGAAUUAAAUGACAUAAACGAAAAAAUGAAACAACAAAAUAACGUUGAUUCCAAAUUACCUCAUUUUGCUAUUGAACAAAGAAAAAAAUUAAUUAAAGAAACAAACCGAUUUUUUAAAAUGUAUAAUUUACAUUUAAAAAUUGAAAAGUUACCUAUUAAUAUUCCGAAUGAUUUAAAAAUACUUAUGCAGAAAAAAAAGAAAAUUGUCGAUAUUAUUAAUGAUUACAAAAUUGUUUUUAAAACAUUACAGAAAUAUGCUGAAAAGGAAAAAAAUAUUUCGGAAGAACAAGAUGGAGAAGAAAGAAAACUGUCACAUGAUAAUCUAGAUAAACAAAAAGAACAACAAAAUGAUGAACAUGAUAAUAAUAAUGAUAGUAAUAAUAAUGAAAAUAAUAAUAAUGAAAAUAAUAAUAAUGACAAUAUUAAUAAUGACAAUAACAAUAAUGACAAUAUUAAUAAUAAUGAUAUAUGUAUUGAUCAUAAAGUAACAAAUAAUAUGGUGCUAAAUACAGAUGGAGAUGAACAAAAUAAAGAACAAAACAUAUCUUCCCAAACGGAUAAAGGAAAUGUAAUUCUUACGACAAAGGAUGAAACAGUUGUUAAUAAAAAUGACAUAUCAUCUGUAUUAAAAGAAGAAAAUGAAGACAAAGAAAAUAAAGAAAAUUCCACACAUAAAGAUCCGGAUUUAUCUCUUGAUGUAAAUGCUGAAACAAAAGAAAAGGUACCCAGAAGAAGAGGAAGGAAAAAAAAAUUAGAAAAAGAAAUAGAAGUACAUGUAGGAAAAAGAAGAGGAAGAAAAAGACAAACUGAAGAUAUAUUAAAUGAUAAUAACAUUAACGAUGAUAGCUUAUAUUAUUUGAGUGAUAGUUCUAAGGAAUUAAUAGAAAAGGAAUUUAAUAAGUUUAUGAACAUAUUUGAAAACAUUAACAGAAAUAAACCAAACGAAUCAAAUGAAUCAAAUGAACCAAAUGAAUCAAAUGAACCAAAUGAACCAAAUGAACCAAAUGAACCAAAUGAACCAAAUGAACCAAAUGAAUCAAAUAAACCAAAUGAAUCAAAUGUACCAAAUGAAUCAAAUGUACCAAAUGAAUCAAAUGAAUCAAAUGUACCAAAUGAAUCAAAUGAAUCAAAUGUACCAAAUGAACCAAAUGUACCAAAUGAAAACAACGAAUCCAAUGAGAAAAAUAUGAAAACAUUCUCUAAUAUGAAUGAUACUUUUAACGAUCAACAAAAAGAUGAAGUUAUUGACGAUGCUACUACAUGCACUUUUAUGGAUCUAAAUAAUUGUACAUAUGGAGAUAACAAGAAUAAUACAAGUGAGUACAACAAGAAUGAUAAACAAACAAACAAAGAACAAUACCGACCAAUUGAUUAUGAUGUAGAGAAGGAAAUACAAAAUUCUGAAAAAUCAGAAUAUUUUGAUAAAUAUGAAAAUUCUUUUAUUCAUCAACUUAUAAACGAUUUAAUACAUAAUAAUUUAGAAGAAGAAAAUUAUAUACAAUUCUCAAAUAUAGAUAAUGAAGAAAUAAAAUACAGAAAAUUAAAAGAGGUAAUAACAAACCUAAAAAUAAAAGAAAAAAAAAUAGACUUAAUUUUAAGUAAUAAUUUGAGUUUUUUCAAAUAUUCCUGUAUGUAUAGAAAGCGUCAAUUAUUACAUGAGAAAAUGUUAGGAAAUUGGAGUUAUGUAGAAAAUACAAUUAAUAAAAGAGAUGAUAUUAGAAAUAAAAAUUUGCCUUUUCAAUUAUUAAAACUAGAACAAAAUAUGUUAGAAAAUAUUUCUAAAUGUUAUGAUGAUAUAUUAUUAGAAGAUUUCUCUGGUAUUAUUAUAACGUUAAAUACAAAUUCUUUUGAAAGAGAAACAGAUGGAAAAAUUAUUAAGGUGUCAAAAGUUAUAUGUGGAUGUUUAAUUGAAUAUCUAGAUAAUACAUCAGAAUUAAACAUAAAAUGUAUAUGGGCACAUCCAUUUUUAAAUACAAAAUCUACUUAUUACAUUUUGUGUGCAUUCUUACCAAGGGUUAUUUUAGAAGCAUUUUUAAAUAGUAAAGGAAUAUUACAUAAUGAUAUAAAUGAUAAAGAUCAUAUAAAUAUGGUCAAUUCUGUAAAGGGGGAAGGGUUAGAAAAUAUGAAUUCUGAAAUGUGUGAAUUCAAAAAUUCCGAAAAAAAAAAAAAAAAAAAAAAAAGUUUUUAUGAUAGAUUAAAUGAAUUAGAUAUGGAAAAAAUCAAGAACGAUCAUCAUGAAAAUGAUAAUAUUAAUAAUUCUCAUAACAAUAUUAUCAAAUUAGAACAAGCAUAUUUCUCAAACUAUUCUACAUAUGAAUAUCCUUUAACCCAUCUUUUAAAUUUUAAUAAAGAGUGUGCAUAUGCCUUAAAUUAUAAUGAGAACCUUUUCAAAGAUAAUGAAAAUAAGCAAGACAAUAUCAACACAUGUAAUAAUAUGAAAGGUCAUAAUAAUUGUAACGAUAAUACAUCAUUAUCUUCUAAAGAUAGUAAUAACAAAUUUUUGUAUAUAAUAUUUAGUGAUAUUGAUAUAUUUCCAAGACAGUGCUAUUUAAUUUUAUGUUCAUACAAGUAUAUGUGUUUAAAUAUGCACUAUGAUACAGAUAAUUAUUCUGUUCAUUAUGAUUUAGAAAAUAUGAAAAAGGAAAACGUGGGGAAAACGACAGAGUUAUCUAAUAGUUGUCCUUGCAAAUGUAUGAAAUCUAUUCCCGAUGAUUCUGAAGAAUCCUAUGAGCGUAUAAUAGGUUUGAGUGAACUUUAUAUGUAUUAUAUGAUACCCAAAAGGGAGGAAAGGGAAAAUCUCGGCCUACUAAAAAGAAACGGUUGGAGAGAUUUAAUUUGCAGCACCUUUCUUGAAGAUGUACAUGAAAAUAUUAGUAGUAUCUUAAAAAUUAAAACACAUAUUAAUAAGGUAUCAGAACAUAUAUCUGUACAAAAUAGAAUUUAUGAAAAACGCUACACACCUAUAUAUAUAAAUAAAUAUGAAUGGUGUGGAUUAAAAUUGAAGGAUAUUCGUAACAUGCUUAACGAAGAUUUUAAUUAUGAUGGAAACGAUAAAUGA